AUGGACAAAAAUCCCGUAGAAUCAACUGAAAUAUCAGACAGUCAACAAAAUUCACAUAGCAAGAUAGAGGUGCCCACAAUGGAGCAAAUAGAGAAUAAGGAAUGUGUACCUGUGAUAAAGGAUGAAAAAGCUAGUGACAGUGAAGAUCUUAACUUUAAUGAUGAACAAAGUAAUAUAAACAGCUCUCCGUUUUAUGAGAGUAGUGAUAGUAAAAUAGAAUAUGCUGUUAAGUUAGAAGAUAAUGACACCUUAAGUGACAUAGAAGAUAUUAAAACAGACACUGCAUCAGCUGAUAGUGAGGACUCCGCUCUUGGGAGUCUCCCACCAGACAGUACACUUAAUGAUAGAGAAGAAGAUGCUCAAGACCGGUCUGAUGGUAGUGACUCAGGAAUCGGUUCAGAAACACCUGAUGAUUCUAAAUUACCAAGUUUUAACCUUCAAUUACCUUGUCCUAAUGAGGAAAACAAUAAACAAAUAGAAUCUGAAGAAAAUAAUGCAAGAUCACUUCUAAACAGUAAUGAUGAAUUGAGUGCAGAUAACAAUACAACAGUAAUAACUAAACCCCUGAGAAGUAGCCUCAAACGAAAAUGUGAUGAUGCAACAAUUGAUGAACCCCAUCAAAAAAGAAUAAAACACAAUAUACAGUUUGAUAAUGUUACAGUUUUCUACUUUCCGAGAGCUCAAGGUUUUUCUUGUGUACCUUCUCAAGGAGGUUCUACUUUAGGUAUGGAGUGGGAACAUAGUCACAUACAGAAGUUCACUCUAGCAGAACAUGCACUGGAACAGAGGAGAUUACAUAGACAAGUUUUACAACAAUUAAAAAGCGAGCGACAUACUUUGCAAGGUGUAUCACUUUCAUCAAGUGAAGAUAGUGACACUGAGGAAGAAACAAGUGACAUAUCUGAAUCAGAGUUAGAUUUAGACAGCUAUUACUUUUUACAACCAGUACCAACAAGGCAAAGAAGAGCUCUAUUAAGAGCUGCUGGUGUUAGAAAAAUUGAAGGCUAUGAGAAAGAUGAAUGUAGAGACAUUAGGACUUCUCGUGAAUUUUGUGGCUGUGCCUGUAAAGGUGUCUGUAAUCCCAAUAAUUGCUCCUGCAGUAUGGGUGGCAUUAAAUGCCAAGUUGAUAGAUUAAACUUUCCAUGUGGAUGCACAAGAGAUGGAUGUGGCAAUACUUCUGGGAGGAUAGAGUUUAACCCUAUGAGAGUAAGGACUCACUUUAUUAAUACCCUUAUGAGAAUAGGUCUUGAGAAGAAAACUGAGGAAGCUCAGGAAGCUGUUAAACGAAAAUGGGCAGAAGCACAUGGUGUCAAUGCCCAAUGUACGCCUAUUAUCUAUGAAAAAGAAAACCAUCAUACCCAUGAAGAAGCCACUGCAUCCAAUAUGAACAUGCCACACGGUCUUGGCAUGGAAUCUUGUAUAAACACAGCAAGUUUUAAUAAUAUACAUCACAAUCUCAACAAUUCUAGUGGUAAUCAAAAUGAAACAUUUAGUUUUAGAAGUGAAACACUCGACCAUAGAAAUUUAAAAAAUAAUGUGUUGAGCUUUGAAGAUAAAUCUGAUCACCGCAAUCAUGAUCCUUACACGUCUAACAUAUUGCAAGGGAAAGGGCCGCCUUAUUCGAAUGUCAAUACAAUGGAAUUCAACACAAUGACAAAUAAUAUGCAAAGGUACCCAUGUGAUCUCAACUACACAUAUGAACCAACCAAUCAACACUCAGACAAUCAUUUUAAGGGUUUCCAAAGUUUUUCAGCAGCUAGUUUUGAAGAAUUUGCUCAUAACUCACAAAUGUCUGUGCUUAAUCAUUAUGGUCACAUGUACAUGACGGAUUAUAUGCAAAAGCCAAGUACAAGUAUGUCUGAACACAAUUUAAUGAAGUAUCCGUCAAUGUUACAUACCCACUAUAUGUACAAAAAUAUGUCUGAGUGUUCUACAGAAUAUAAAACAGAUGCUCAUUAUACCAGUUUGAUGACAAUGCCAUAUCAACAAAGCAAUAAAUUGCAAGCUAUAGAUAAUGAUGAAAAUUGGUUUAGUCAUAAUACACUAUUAAACUUAGACCACUCUGUUCAGGUUACCCAAGAAACUCCAGUUGAGCAGCCAGAACCAGCUCCGAUCAUGGCUGAAAGUGAAAAUUGUGACACUACCGAAAACUUUGGUGAACUUAUUAAAAAAACUAUGGUAGAAUCUGUUACAGUG